AUGUUUAAAGUUGGUGAUCUGUACAAAGACCUUUUUGCGGAGUAUAAAAAAGGAAAAAAACCUGGUAUUGCUCAGAAGGAAUUUAAUGAAAUAUGGGCUAGUGCAAAGCAAAACUGUACUACGAAAGAAGAAUUUUUCAAGUGGGCGAAUGAUCUUCUACUAGAUUACCGCCAGAAGAACCAAACAAAGAAAUCGUCCAAUAUUCUUUAUUAUUGUACUAAUUCUAAAAAGAAUGCCAGCGAAGACAUUUCAGCGAAGACAAGUCUACCUGUAAAACUGGAGUGUAGCAACGAAAAUUUACUCGAUACACCAAGUACUAGCAGCUCUAUACCGCAGUCUGUACGUGCUACUCCUGCACAGGAUAAGUUGAAGACGCAGAUUUCUCUUCUUCAAAUGGAAUGUGACCUAGUUGUUCGUCGUAGGGAUUCUCUGGGCGCCAUUGAAAGUGAGACGCGUGAUGUGACGAAACUGCGCCGACAAAUUGAUAAAUGCAAAAAAGAAUUACGGAGGAAGGAGCAACAUAUGCGUCACUCCCAGUCACAUAGAUUAUCGAUGAAAUCGAAGAUUAAACUUGCUUGCAAUCAGAGUCCGAUUGUAGCCAAUCUCCUUAAAGCGCGUUCUGCCCCAGGUCGCCCACGCCUGGAAGAGCAACAAACGGAACUGCUAAAAACUAUAGUCGAUUUGGCUAUGUUUGGUGCAUCUGCGGAAGAACGGCGACGCUCAGAAAGUGUUCGCAGUUGCCGAACACUUACUGACCUCCAUGAGAAGCUAAAGGAGCACGGAUUCCAAAUUUCGAAGAGUGGCACGUAUCUUCGGUUGCUCCCAAGAAAUUAUACCACCUUGGAGGGUAAAAGGCAUGUAGUCACUGUGCCUGUCAAAUUGAGUCGCCCUGAGGCAGAUUACCAUAAGGCUCAUGUCGAUCAGCAUUUUUGUGUCGCCACAAUAAGAUCACUGGAAACGCUGGCAUCUAUUCUCGGUCCUAAACAAGUGUGUUUUCUGUCGCAAGAUGAUAAAGCCCGAGUACCCAUAGGUUUGACAGCCGCAAAUAAACAAGCUCCUCUCCUGAUGCAUGUCGAAUAUCGUGUCUCAUUGCCUGAUCAUGAUUGGGUGAUUGCUUCAAGGCACAAAUUGAUUCCUAGUGUAUAUGCUGGGUGCAUAAUAAAAGGAAAUGAUAUGGGCCGUGCAGAAGCAAUUACAUACUCAGGGCCAACAUACGUGGCGAUUAGAAGUGGCAAACAUUCCUCUUCCACAGCUUCUACUCAUGCUGUGGACUUUAAUAAGCUUGCGACUCUCGACAAUUUCAAGGAAAUUAUGCGAGAUGAAGAAGGUCGCCUGAAACCCGUUGUUCUGAUUUCAUCUGAUGGAGGACCCGACGAAAACCCGAGAUAUUCAAAGGUUAUUUCCUGUGCCAUACACAACUUCAUCAAGCAUGAUUUAGAUGCAAUAUUCAUUUUUACAAAUGCACCUGGCAGAAGCGCGUUCAACCGUGUUGAGAGAAGAAUGGCGCCUUUAAGCCGGGAAUUAUCUGGACUUAUACUUCCGCAUGAUUCUUAUGGAAAUCAUUUGGAUGAACAAGGAAGAACAAAAGAUCAUGAUCUUGAAAAAAAGAACUUUCAGAAGGCUGGAGAAGUUCUCUCAGAAGUAUGGAAGAAAAUGGUUAUCGACGGCCAUGACGUUGUAGCAGAGUAUGUCGAGCCCGAUGACAAGGCUGAAAGCUUUGUUCCAGACCUGCCUUCUCCACAAUGGUAUAGCGAGCAUGUGCGAGAGAGCCAGUAUUUGCUUCAGGUGUUGAAGUGUGAUGACCGCGCUUGCUGUGGACAUGUGCGGAGUUCUCUUCGAUCCAUUUUGCCGGAACGCUUCAUGAUACCUCCUUACCCAAUUUUGCAGUCGUCUAGUGGCCUGUGUAUACCAAAGCCUGAAGAGCAUGAUGGCAAGACGUUUGCUACAUUUCUUUUGCUUCUGUCUCUUGGAAUCUCCCCAAGUCUGCAAAAGGAUCGUCAGCAACUUUUGGAAAGGACGUGUCAGUGGUGUGGUUUGUACUUCUGUACAAAGAAGAAAGUCAAAGAACACGUAAAUUCAUGUCACAAGCAGUGUAAAAAUAUUAAUAAUAGUGUAGGGAUGCACAAUGUUCAUCCUUCACGCAUUCUCACGCGACGAUCGAACGGCAGAUCGAGAGAAAUUCUCUGCGUUGUGCGUGAAAAUGAUGACACCGAGUGGCUCGAUGAAAGCGACGUGGAUUUUCAACAAAACACAGUGCCAACAACUGACCUGCAAGAUGCCUAUCCAGUUGUUAGUGUUGAAGAAAGUCUUGCAAAUCCGUGGUCCGAGGACAAUAUAUAUUAAAUAAACAAUAAAUAUUAAAUAUAGUGUAAUUUAUGAAUUA